ACCUCCGCCGCGGGAGGGCGCCGCUGUCGCCCGUCGUGUUCCUGUACCACGCACGUGCUUACUCUACUACAAAUAUACCAGUGUCUAUACGAUGGGUUAAUUUUAUAUUGCUACAUGGACUUUUAAAAUGACUUAGCGAAAAUGAAUCUGAUUUGAGACGUGUAUAGGCUUACUAUGUAUUGAGUGCUAAAUUGGUGUUUGCAAAAUGGAUGACAGCUCACCAGAUCUGUCAUUAAAGUUGCGCCGCGGUUCCAGCGAUUCUCGGGAGUCGUUUUAUAUGGAUUUCGCUCAAGGAAUCGAUUCUGAUAUCGAAGAGGUGACGACAAUCGAACGAGUGAUUCCUGAACACCCGGGAGGCAGGACGGAGGGCGAUGCUGACACUUUGGCUACUCCUUCUGGUCUAGAAGAAAACAAAGAGUUGAUACCAUGUUGUUACUCUAUUCCACCGAACAACAUGUCUGGUGGGUCGCAUGUCUCUCGAGCGACAUUUGGCGGGGCGGAGUCCGAAAUAUCUGGCGGUAGUGCCCCCCCACUGCCUAGUCCUGCUUCGGCCGGGGCUGCGCUAGUGUCUCCUGAGACAUUAAGCCGACACAGUAGUCCCCCACCGCUGCCGGCCCACCCUUCACACCAACAACCAGCGCCGUCCUGUUCUUCGCACAGGGUCCAUAUGGAGUCUCCAUUGAGGUUAUCGAGUCCACCAUCACUGUCCUUGGGAGGUUCUCUCUCCCUUCAGCCAGUGUUGUAUGGUCCAGCAGGCGGAGGAACUGUUCACGCACCACUACCACCAGCUCGGCGGGCGUCCCGGCCCUCAGCUUCUAUACAGCCCAUGCAUGUUAUAAGCGCUGGCGACGCAUUGGCGACUACGUUAUCAGCUUUAUAUGGAAAACUGUUGGUUGUGAUGGGUGUCGCUUUCCCUAUGGCCGAAGUCAUAUCAACUUAUAUUCCACCUUCGUUUUAUGAGGGUUUCUACCUUUAUCUGUACAUCGGCAGCAUGGUGUUUUUGUUAUACAUGUACGCGGCGCUGGUGAGGGACCGGUCUCGGUCCGCUCCCGACACUGCUGUUGUAGCCAAAACAGAUUCAAGUUCAUCACCCUCGGAGUCAGAUUCGUGUUCGUCCCGUACCGAAAGGAGUACGGCUACGCCGCAUGUACCACCGCAGCUCGCAGCCAAGCGGCUCUCGCUUGGGUUCGCGUUAGCUACUCGAACGCAUCAUUAUGGAAGCUUCUACCUUAGGAUGGGGGCAGUCGCCUUCGGCAUCGGAUCCAUGAUAUACUCCGGUUUGGAAUUUGGUCAAUAUUGGGAACUGGAGCGGGACACCAACUGCCAUAACGUGCUGCUUGCAUUAACACCCGCAACCAGAAUGGCCUUCAUCUUUAUACAGAUGUAUUUCAUCUUUCUUAAUAAUGAGAUGAAAGUAUACAAACACAAAAUCGUGGCUCGAUUUGGUCUGAUGCAUAUGGUGGGCACUAACUUAAGCGUAUGGCUGAACGUACUGGUUCAGGAGACCAAGCACGAGAUUCUUACAUUCUACAAUCCGGAGAAUAAAACUAUUGGCUUAUCGCAUAGACUAGCUUUUCAAAAGGCCUUCGCAUCUUUAGCAACGGAAGUUCCACCGUCGCAUCCAGCUGCGGCUCAUUUACGAGUGCCGAGGGGGCUGAAGGGCCCGCAUCAUAUCUUCGAAUGUCGUCGAACCAAUAUCAUGGGGUCGCUGGUACAGGAUGCAUCGCCAUUCCUUUUCCCAUGCACAAUCGAGUACUCUCUAAUAUGCGCAGCCAUAUUAUAUGUUAUGUGGAAGAAUAUAUCUAAAUAUCCAUCUAAGGAUGUCGCCGCUGCUAUAGCCAAAGCGAGAAUAUUGGAAGGACUUGCGUAUAAAAAGUCACCACAUUUAUAUAGCGUUGACUGUGCCCGUGCGCAUAAAGGUUUAUUUUUUGGUAUUCUAGUCUUAGUUCUUACUAUAAUAUCGCUAAUAUUAUUCUUCGUUCUAGUAUCUAAAAAAGAAUAUGCAACAUUGGCGGUUGUUGAAGUAAAUUUGUGCGAGUUGGGGUUAUAUGCGAUGACGACAUUUGCUAGUCUCGCGGGGAUGGUUUGUGUCCGAAAUCUUAAAUAUGAUGGUAAUCGUAAUCUUGAAUUAGAUAACAUACUUUUAGUGGGCGCUCAAACUGGCAUGUUUAUUUAUGGUACAUUUACUAUUAUCGGAGGACAUUUUACUAUAGAGAAGAAUACGAUUCUUAUUCUGAUUACUGCACUGUCGUCUUUGAUACAAACAACAUGCCAGACGAUGUUUAUAUUGGAUGCAAGUCGAAGAUCAGCAAAAACUCCUGAACAAUUGCGAAAGAAACCCGGAAGAGAAAUAGUGACGUUCCUUUUAGUUACUAAUCUAGCGAUGUGGGCUAUCAAUACUCUAGAAAAAUCACGAGCAGAAUCUCACCCGGUUCAGCUACAUUUCUAUGGUUUGUGGGCAUGGACUAUUAUUACUCAUGUUUCAAUGCCUUUAGCAAUUUUCUACAGAUUCCAUUCGACGGUGUGUUUGUGCGAGAUUUGGAAACGGGCCUACAAGAUGAAGCCUGCUUACAUGUAGCGAUGGGCGCGAAGGUACUAGAGUGCAAUGCGACAAAACACGAACUAUGGUACAUUUGUAAUAAAAAUGUAGAACAGUGGCGUAGUUACGUGUUAGUGCCAUAGAUUCAAAUAAGGGGGCAACAUUAAUAUUAAAUUUGAGAACGCUGAAUAAGUUAAAAUAAAGAUUUUCAUUCAGUGUUGUCAAAUUUGAUUUUAGCGGUUUAGACGUUGUUUGCCGGUAAGGAAUGUACGUAGACCGAGUAAAAUCGAUAACUAGUUUGUCUACAUUAUAAUCAUUAUACUCGAGAUCUUAGGUUGUUACACAUAUUCCUUUAAUCGGCAUUCACAUAGUUAUGACCCUGUAUUAGUUUUGAAGUCGACUGCUUUAAUGUUAAGUUAUUGUAUUAAAAUAUUUUAAUGUGUUAUUUAUUUGUAGCUUUAUUGAAUGCUUUAACAAUCAUAAUGGUAACUACUGUUAUGUUAUAAUGCUAUUUAAACCACAGUAUUUCUUCAUUGAACGGGUUGGAUUUUAUUGAUUUUAGCGCUUAAUAUUUACAUGUUACUUUUCUUAAAUUGUAGUGUUAUUGUUAAUAUACAUGUAAAUGAAGUUAUUGUGUUCAUAUUAUCAUUCUAUUUAAGUACACUUAGUUAAGAAUAGAUAUAUAGAAGCAAAAUCGGCAAAAACAUUCCAAUUUAUGUUAAUCCACAUCAAACAUUCACGCACUCGUAUUGAAAAUAAAUGUCUUCCAUUAGGUUACACAUUUAUGUUACAGUAAUUGUAUCACAUUGAAUAAACAGUCACCUUUCAUAUUACUUUUGAUAUAACGCCAUUAUUUUAAUAUUUACAACGGGAACAAUAAUCGACCUAAUAAUAUGUUUUUGAAGAGUUUUUGAGCAUCAAGCUUUGAUAAAGUGGCUACAAUAAAAUAUUAAAAUAAUUUUACUAUGAAAUGAAACAUAGUCUGAACAGAGUUUAGAGAUUUUGUAGCAAUAUUUUUACGAUAAAAAUGUAGCGUUACAGUAUUUUGGAUAAAAUUUUUAAACUGUAGUAAUACUUGCCGAGGACCCAGUAGUUAGACAAAAAUAACACCAAAGUUUUAUACGAGUAGAUUUUUGGAGCUUAUUAUGGAAUAGAUUUCUAUUAAUAUGAAUAUUCUUUUAUAAAAUGGUAGUUAUUUGAUUGAAACACCAAAAUCUACAUAUUUUGAAACAACAAUUGAUAGACUUAGCUAUUUCGUCCAGUACAUAGUUUUUAUUGAUUGCAUGUAUUUUGAAAGUCGACUACUGCGAGAUGUAACCUACAUUUAGAUUUGUGGUAUUCAAUUAGUAAAUAUUACGUAAAUUUAUGUAUAUUCAUUCUGCAAAUUUUUUUAUGAAACUAAAAUUGUGUACUGGCUUUUCAAUAAUGAAAAUUAUUUAGUAUUUAGAAACAAGAGAUACAGUACUAUGGGUAUCUCAGUAUUAUCUGUACCUAUUGCCUAUAGCACUAAUGGAAACCACCACGUUUCAGUGGCCAGUAUGUUUGUUAUUUUCAGUCAUAUAAGAUUUUUAAUUACCUUUAUUUUAUUCAAUUUUCACAUAGAAUGAACUAUCUGUAUUCAAUACCAUUUUUCAUUUUAUAAUAUGGUAUAUUAAAUAAAAUUAUAAUUAUAUAACAAGUUUCAUACUGUUUUUUUUUAUACUACUAUUGCUCAAAUUAAAUUCUUUUAGAAUACGGCUAUAUGUAAUUUUUCCACACUAUCAAAAUUAUUAAAUGAUAAAUUCUAAUUUUCCAAUAGUUCGUUGUUUAACAUACAGUUUCAUAGCAUUCCUACAUAUGUAUCAGUUUACAUUGUUCUGUAUAUAGUUCUAGAUAUAGUUAAAAGAUGAUAUAGAAUUGUGCUAUAAUUAUUCCUAUUUUGCUUAUUUAUACCUCAGUUUCUGGAUCAGGUUUCAGAAAACGAAAUGUUUUUGUAUGCUUUAAAUUAUUCAUUAAAUAAAGUUAUAUAUAUAAUUAGUGAUAGUCCUUUAUACAUUUUUAUUAAAGUUAUAAAAUCCCAUUACUAAAUAUACAUUUUAUUAUACUAUACCUAUCGAAGUAUAAGUUGAUAUUAAAUACUCAUAUUGACAUACACAAUGUAACUUUGACAAAGUGACUUUGUGCUAAUUUUAAGUAACGAAACGUACGUAAUGUAAACUUUGGUAUGUGCUGACUUCAUAUUAUUGAUUUGUGAAUACUUUAAGGAAAACAGUUUUGAAAUGCCUAUCUACACUCUUUAAUGGGCGUUCUCGAUUGUAUUCUUCCACAGCUUUUAUUACAUUUUAUGACCGGACCGGUUUCACCAUACUAUUGCAAUAUGUGGAAUGUGGAAGAUGUUCUCUGGACUAUAAUAACGAUAUAUUUAUAAAUACCACAAAAUACCUGCGAAUAUAAAUCAUUAUCGACAUGCGAAUCAUCGCAUUGUAUUGAUUCUGUUUUUCUAAAAUAAUGUUAACUUUGUAUUAAUUGUUGUUCAUGUGUCCGCCAUAUUUAUUCUAUAUAUCUACCCAUGUAAAAAGUGUUGCCAACUUUUAAGAUUAGAUUUUAAUUAAUGCCACCAGUUUCAGUUUACCGGGCUAACCCGCGCAAAAUAAUGAUAAUGACUGUUUAAUAUGUUAAUCCAGUAUGUGAUUCGUCUUUAUAUAAAAUUUUCUUCAAAUCCAUUAUUCCACAGUUGUUGCUUUGUUAAAGCGGGAUUGAGCAACAAACAUCCAAACAUAUAAGCUUUCACAUUUAUAAUAUUACUAGGAUUCAACAGACACAUAGCUGAUUUAAUUUCGACUGUUCCUUUAUAUUCGUGCUUCUCAUAGAUGUUCAAAGAAUAUAAUAAUGUACUCGUACCUAGUGUCUUUUACAUAUAAUAAAAUAACUUCACAUUGUGAUUCAAUAUGGGAUUGUUAAUCAUAAUUAUAACUAACUACAUAUAUUUCCAAACUUAUGAAAUAUUUACUAUUCAUAAUAAGAUGGAUAACACUUUUGAUAUUGAAACACUUUAUACACUGCGUUUUAUAGUGUUUUAUAGAUAAGUGUGAUACAUAGCUACAAGCUAAAGCUAUGAGGUAUUUUACGAGUGAAAAUGAAUAUUUUUCUUAAAAAAGCACUGGUUGUAAAAUGGCAAUUUCUGACUAUCCCACAUUAAUAAGGUGCGUUGAGUAUCACCAGAAAGGAAGUUAAAGCUUUCAUAUUGACCUGUACGAGUAUCAAUUGUAUUGAUAUAUGAAUAAUAUUUUUUCGCCAAAAAAUUUUACCUACAGAUAAAAUACAUACUAUGUAUGUAAUAACACACAUACAUAUUUUCUAUUAUUAACAUGUACAGAUUUGUUCAACAUUAACGAUUUAAUAUUAUUGAUCUAAGAAAACUCCGCUUUUUGUGAAAAUACGGUAAUAUGUAUGAUAAAUGGUAAAACGGAUAUGUAUUGAUAGAGUUCCGUAGCUUAUGUUUAUUAAAAGUGUAAAAAAUGAUAUUUGAUAACAAUGAAUGUAACCUUGAUGUAUCCUUUUUUCAAUAAAAGAUUUGAAGUAAGUUAUAAUUUUGAUAUAUAGAAUAGCUAAAAAUGUAACGAUAUGGUUAUUUUUAGCCAGAUAAUCAGAUAUAAGAAGAUAUUAUGAAAAAUUAAUUGUUUAUCGAAUUGUCUACGGAACUCUAAGUCAAAGAGUGACCUCUCUAGUGUUGAAUGUGUUGUAAGACAUAGAAUAGUAAAAAAAAAAUCAUUUUUCCUACACAAUAAUUACUAUUUAUUGUACACCCGAUAAUACCAAAUAUUUGUUAAAUAAUUACUUUAUAACAAUUUAAUAUUCGAAUAAGGUUUAGUUUUGUAAAAUAAUAGUGAUAUUAGAGUAACGUUUUUUAAACUAUAUAUAUUUGUGAACUAUUUAUUUGUUUAGGGUGAGACUGUGGAUAGUUCUAAGAUCGUCUUCUUGGAUGUUUAAAGUUAACGAGCAAAUAAACUUUCUUGAAAUCGUAACAAAUAAUUUUUCAUUUUC